UUAGGGUAAUGAGGCUCGGGGGGAGGCGCGCGCGCGUGAGGGAAAGUGAUUAAAGAUGGCGGCGGAGCGGAGUCGCUCCCCGCUGGGCUCGCCGGUCCCGGCCUGUAUGUUCGCGCCGGAGCCCGGCUCUCCGCCCGCCGCCGGGCCCGGGGCCUCCCGCCUCCCCUCGGCCUUGGAGUCGGACUGCAGCGAGGACGGGGAGCCGCUCAACGGAGAGCCCGAGCUGGACCUCACCAGCAAGCUGGUGCUGGUGAGCCCCACGUCCGAGCAGUACGACAGCCUCCUUCGGCAGAUGUGGGAGAGGAUGGACGAGGGCUGUGGGGAGACGAUAUACGUCAUCGGACAGGGAUCAGAUGGCACAGAGUACGGGCUGAGCGAGGCGGACAUGGAGGCAUCCUACGCCACGGUGAAGAGCAUGGCGGAGCAGAUCGAGGCAGACGUCAUCCUCCUGAGGGAGCACCUGGAAGCCGGGGGCCGGGUCCGCGACUACCUCGUCCGGAAACGGGUCGGGGACAAUGACUUCCUGGAGGUCAGGGUAGCAGUCGUGGGCAACGUGGACGCGGGCAAGAGCACCCUGCUGGGCGUCCUGACUCACGGGGAACUGGACAACGGCCGGGGCUUUGCCCGGCAGAAGCUGUUCCGCCACAAGCACGAGAUCGAGUCCGGCCGCACCAGCAGCGUGGGCAACGACAUCCUGGGCUUCGACAGCGAGGGCAACGUGGUGAACAAGCCCGACAGCCACGGCGGCAGCCUGGAGUGGACCAAGAUCUGCGAGAAGUCCACCAAAGUCAUCACCUUCAUCGACCUGGCCGGCCACGAGAAGUACCUGAAGACCACCGUCUUCGGCAUGACCGGCCACCUGCCGGACUUUUGCAUGCUCAUGGUGGGCAGCAACGCAGGGAUCGUGGGGAUGACCAAGGAGCACCUGGGCCUGGCGCUGGCCCUCAAUGUUCCCGUCUUUGUGGUGGUCACCAAGAUCGACAUGUGUCCCGCCAACAUCCUGCAAGAGACCCUGAAGCUUUUGCAGCGGCUGCUGAAGUCCCCCGGCUGCCGGAAGAUCCCCGUGUUGGUCCAGAGCAAGGAUGACGUGAUCGUGACGGCCUCCAACUUCAGCUCGGAAAGGAUGUGCCCGAUCUUCCAGAUCUCCAACGUCACGGGCGAGAACCUGGAGCUGCUCAAGAUGUUCCUCAACCUCCUAUCCCCACGCACCAGCUACCGGGAAGAAGAGCCGGCCGAGUUCCAGAUCGACGACACGUACUCUGUCCCGGGUGUGGGGACCGUGGUGUCCGGUACAACCCUGAGGGGCCUGAUCAAGCUGAAUGACACACUGCUCCUGGGCCCCGAUCCCCUCGGCAAUUUCCUCUCCAUCGCCGUCAAAUCCAUCCACCGCAAGCGCAUGCCUGUCAAGGAGGUGCGCGGGGGCCAGACCGCCUCUUUCGCCCUGAAGAAGAUCAAGCGCUCCUCCAUUCGGAAAGGGAUGGUGAUGGUGUCCCCACGGCUGAACCCCCAAGCCUCCUGGGAGUUUGAGGCGGAGAUCCUGGUCCUCCAUCACCCCACAACCAUCAGCCCCCGCUACCAGGCCAUGGUGCACUGCGGGAGCAUCCGCCAGACGGCCACCAUCCUGAGCAUGGACAAGGACUGCCUCCGCACGGGGGACAAGGCCGCCGUGCACUUCCGCUUCAUCAAGACCCCCGAGUACCUGCACAUAGACCAGCGGCUCGUCUUCCGGGAAGGCCGCACCAAGGCCGUGGGCACCAUCACCAAGCUCCUCCAGACGUCCAAUCACUCGCCGAUGAACUCCAAACCCCAGCAGAUCAAGAUGCAGCCCACGAAAAAGGGGCCGCCCCUGAGCAAGCGGGAGGACGGGGGCCUGCCGAGCGGGCUGGCGGCCGGGGGCCCCGCCGUCGGGGAGGAGGCUCCCCCCCUGGGGGCCGCUCAGCCGGCUCCCUCUGGAGCCCUCCAGCCACAGACGGCACUGGACGAGGAGCCCCACGGCCGUGAGGGCAGCAAGCCCAAGGUCAGCGGCGGGGGCCGGCGACGAGGGGGCCAGCGUCAUAAGGUCAAGUCCCAAGGGGCCUGCGGGACUCCGGCCAGCGGCUGCUGAGCGCCCCUCACCCACCCCCGAUCCACCCCGCCUCCACCGCCCGGCGGGUUUUCCGUGCCCACCCGCCCACUCCGUUUGUCGUCCAAAAGACGGUCCAGAGCAGCUUUAACCAAAAUCCACCAGCUCCCCUGCCGUGACUGGAGUCCCCCCCACCCCGGUUGUCCCCCUUCCCCAUCUUGUUCCCCCUUUCCACCCCCCACCCCGCCGUGACCGGCGGGGUUGUAAUUUAUAAGCUAACGAAGGUGGCCAGAUGAACCUGGGACUGCCAGCCCCACCACCUUCCUCCUUCCCCUCUGCUCCCUGACACAUCUUUUUGUACAUCUUGGGUCCUUAGUUUUUAUUCUUCUUAUUAUAUAUGUAUAUUGUGUGUGUGCGUGAAGAUGGAGGCUAGGCCGGGCAGAGAAACGAUGGUCAGUUUCUUUCCCUCUCUCUCUCCCCCUCUUCCCCUCUCCACCAUCCCCCCCACGGUCACCCCACAUCUGGGCCCUGACCAGAUGCCUGUCUGUCCACAUCCUCAGUGGGAUGCGGGAGGCAUGGAGCUGGGGGUGGGCAGGAAGGGGGUGGCCCUCUUGGCUCCCAACUCUCCCAUUCUCCAUUUCUUUGAAAACCCAGGGGCCCGGGCCGAUCCUAGAGGACUGGGCCAGGGGUCGAGGAGCGGAGAGCCGGGAGGGAAAACAGCAGCUGCUGUGGAGAGGUGGGGGUCGGGGACAGAUCCACACUGUAUUUUAAAGGGGACAGAGAGAGUAAACUGUGGGUUCUCCACCCUGGCCCCCCGGCCCCCUUUUCUCCUCACCCCAGGACCUGGGGAUGCCAAAAGCUCUUAAAAUUUUAAAUCAGUAGAUGUGAGGGUGGGGAGACUGACACCCCCAUCACCCCCCCAUCCCACUCCUUACCAUAUGACCCAAAGAUGGGUGUCAGUUUUCCCUCCUUAGAGACAAUCCUUAAGUCCUGUCCCCCCACCCCCCAACCUCCCACCAGCAGGGUGGGUGAUUCUGCAUUCCUCCCCCAUCUCAAUCUCCCCCAGUCGCCUGGGGCAGCGGGAAGCUGGGAGUUGCCUUUGGCUCCCGAAACCGCCGGCCAUCUAGUAUUUUGGCACUUGGCUGGGUUCUCUGUGAAAUUCCCCACCCCGGUGCCAUACCUUUGGUUUGCUCAGGAUGAGGUCAGUAGUCGGCUCCCGGGGGCCUCAUUCCAGUUCGCCAGGAGAAAGAGGGGAGGAGAUGGUGGAGGGAGAAUGGGGUUGGUCAGGCCUAGGAGGGCCCAAGCCAGACUCUCUCCUUUCCCGCAUCAUCUCUCCCCUUUACCUGUUUGUUUCCAGAGAGAUGGGCGGGAGAGGCCUCCGCCACCGGAGCUGGUAACUGGGUUAUCUCCAAAGCCACAGAAUCUUCGGGGUCCAGGCUGGGGACGGAGCCAGCCUCGGAUGGCCGCACAGAGCAGUGGGCGGUCAGGGGUGUGCGCUCCCUUCAGGGGCGAGGAGCCCCCAAAUGGCUCCGGCUCCAGGCUGGCCCUGCCCUUCCCCCCCCGGCCCCUGCCCACUACUCCUCCCUGGAGAGACUCCCCACCUGUCUACCCUCAGGGGACCGGCCCGUGUUUCCCUCCCACACGCUGGCUGCUGUUUCUCUGUGACCAGAACUGACCAGUGUCCAAGGGCCGACCAGCCCGGCGUUCGAAAUAAAAGAUGGUUUCAAAUCGAA